AUGAAUUUUGGAAAUCAAACACCCACGAUUGUGGUUCUAAAAGAGGGAACAGACGCAUCUCAAGGUAGAGGUCAAAUCAUCUCCAACAUCAAUGCCUGUAUUGCAGUCCAAGAGGCACUAAAACCAACUCUAGGUCCUUUAGGCUCUGAUAUUCUAAUCGUGACAUCAAACCAAAGAACUACUAUUUCCAACGAUGGUGCCACAAUCCUGAAAUUAUUAGAUGUGGUGCACCCUGCUGCCAAGACUUUAGUGGAUAUUUCGAGAGCUCAAGAUGCUGAAGUGGGUGAUGGUACCACUAGUGUGACCAUUUUGGCCGGUGAAUUAAUGAAGGAGGCCAAACCUUUCCUAGAAGAAGGCAUCUCGUCUCAUUUAAUCAUGAAGGGUUAUAGAAAAGCGGUUUCUUUGGCUGUUGAAAAGAUAAAUGAAUUAGCAGUGGACAUUACCAAGGAAAAAAGCACCGGCAGAGAACUAUUAGAACGUUGUGCUAGAACUGCGAUGUCAUCCAAGCUGAUCUAUAAGAACGCAGAUUUUUUCGUCAAAAUGUGUGUUGAUGCCGUACUAUCCCUUGAUAGAAACGAAUUGGAUGACAAAUUAAUAGGUAUUAAGAAAAUCCCAGGUGGUGCUAUGGAAGAAUCCCUUUUCAUCAAUGGUGUUGCCUUCAAGAAGACAUUUUCUUAUGCUGGGUUUGAACAACAACCCAAAAAGUUUACCAACCCAAAGAUUUUAAGUUUGAAUGUAGAGUUGGAGUUGAAAGCAGAAAAGGACAACGCUGAAGUACGCGUAGAGCAUGUUGAAGAUUACCAAGCCAUAGUAGAUGCGGAAUGGCAAUUGAUUUUCGAAAAGUUAAGACAAGUAGAAGAGACGGGUGUAAACAUUGUACUAUCUAAGUUACCAAUCGGUGAUCUAGCCACCCAGUUCUUUGCUGAUAGAAAUAUUUUCUGUGCUGGUAGAGUGAGCGCAGAUGACAUGAACCGUGUCAUUCAAGCAGUUGGUGGUUCCAUACAAUCUACCACGUCUGAUAUAAAACCGGAGCAUUUGGGUACCUGUGAGUUGUUCGAGGAAAUGCAAAUUGGGUCUGAACGUUAUAAUUUAUUCCAAGGUUGCCCACAAGCCAAAACAUGUACAUUGCUGUUGAGAGGGGGUGCUGAACAAGUUAUUGCCGAAGUGGAAAGAUCUUUACAUGACGCAAUCAUGAUUGUCAAGAGAGCUCUACAAAACAAACUGGUUGUUGCAGGUGGUGGUGCUCUAGAAAUGGAGGUAUCGAAAUAUCUAAGAGACUAUUCAAAAACUAUAGCUGGUAAACAACAAAUGAUAAUUAAUGCAUUCGCCAAGGCCUUAGAAGUUAUUCCAAGACAACUUUGUGAAAACGCUGGGUUCGAUGCGAUAGAAAUACUAAACAAACUAAGAUUGGCCCACAGUAAAGGUGAAAAAUGGUAUGGUGUUGACUUUGAAUCAGAGAAUAUUGGUGACAAUUUUGCCAAGUUUGUAUGGGAACCUGCUCUAGUAAAAAUUAAUGCUUUAAAUAGUGCCACAGAAGCUACUAACUUGAUUUUAUCUGUUGAUGAGACAAUCACGAAUAAGGGAAGUGAAAGUGCCAAUGCUGGUAUGAUGCCUCCCCAAGGAGCCGGAAGAGGGAGAGGUAUGCCAAUGCAAUAA